CUUAGAAAAUAUGGGUCCAGCACCCUGCAGGAAUGUUUGAAAGAAUAUAACAUCAUAUAUGAAUCAGACGACCAUGAAACUUUACCAGCAAUCCAGCAUUGUGACAUUAUGAUGAUCGAAGUUCUGUCAAAGUAUAUGAAAGAUAAGUAAUGGAGACAUAAAGCUACCGUACUAUUCUGGUUCUCGCUUGGGAAAACUUGAAAAAUACAGUAAUCAAAGAACUAAGAUCUAUUCAAUGGAGCUACAGUAACAGAUUCAAGGCAAUGAGCAACCCAUGGUCAGUUAUCUGGAGUGGCAGCUCCUUGGUUCAGCUCUGCAAACCUCAUCCCAACACGCAUUGAAUGCUUCAAGAACUUCUCGGCACAUCUUGCCACACAACUUUCCUCUUGCUUCUUGAGAGAUUUGCGGGUGAAGUCAUCCACGCAGUCGGUAAAGCACCUCUCCACAAGCGAGUUGUACAUCUUCAAACUGCAGGAAGCAAAACAUUGACUUGGUGGUGGUGAGAACAGAACUUAAAGCAAAUUGGUGGUGGUGAUUUAGCAGUAGACAACUAAGAAGAGAAACACAGCACUGACUUUUAGAAAAUCAAGAAGCAUGAAAACUAGCUGCAUCUCAUAGAGAUGAACCAUUUUUCCAAAAUGGGUUCACUCCCCACAGAUUUUACCACCUUCUCAACUACAUUUCACACCCCACAGAACCGGGCAAGAAUAGUAAAAUAUGUAAACAGCAGUAUUGAAUGUUGUUCCCAAAACGUCCAAGUGCAACAGAGAUUGCUGCAUUGGUAUUGAAAGGAGAACAUACAUAAUCACACUGGCUUCACUCCACCAAAAAUGUUACCAGAAAUUUAGAGAAUUAUCUCUCUGCAACAUCUCCCAACAUCUCUGAGAUGUGAAGCUUCACUAAAUCAAGAAGCACAGGGACUUACUGCAUCUAACAGACAUCAACCUUUAACCCUAGAUGGGGUUGAUCCCUAACAGAGAUCACCUUCUCUACAACCCACAUUCCCACCUACAUUUACACCCAAGAAAAGACCGAGAAUAGAAAAAGUAUGUAAAACCGCAGUAGCGAAUGUUGUUCCCAAAACGUCCAAGUGCAACAGAAAUUGCUGCAAUGGUUUUAAAGGAGAACAUACAGAAUCAGUCUGGCUUCACGACACCGAAAAUGUCACCAGCAAUUCAGAGAAACCAUCUCUCUGAGACAUCUCCAAACAUCUGUUACAUGUGAAGCUGAUGGAAAAAUCUAAAGGUGAUACUGGUCAAAACUGUUAAUUCGUAAGAAUACCAAAGAGCGAGAGCAGAAACGUUCAAGCAGGCAGCAGUACGAGACCGUAAUUCAUCCAACCAAAUCAGAAAUUUGCCCCAAGUACAAGUACGAAUCAGAUACUCUAGCGAAACCACGGGAAGGGCCAUCUCCAUUCUCUAGAACUGGAAAUUCAAUACUACGGAUAGAAAACUACAGCAGAAAGGGAGGGAGGCAGGGAAAUGACCUGUCGCGGAUUUGGAGCUGGUCGAUCAUGGAGGCCAUUCGCAUCUUGUCUUCUUCGGGCAUACCUUCCAGCCCAGCGAGCAUAUUCUUGUCCAUGUCGUCUCAAGGAUGUGUCGACGUCCUGGCUCUCCUCAAAAGUUCACACGACGAUCGAAGUUGGUUUUUUACGGCUGGGUGGAGGAGCUAAUCAGAGAAGUUCCGAGAGUGAGGGAGGCUUACCAGCCAAGAUUUAGGGUUUAUACUUUGCAGUUUUCUCCUUUCUAUCCUUGUGGGGCUUAUUCCCAACGGAAAACCCUAGGACAGAUAUCUUGUGGGGCCGAUCGGUUGAUGACUCGGCCGGCCGGGGCUUCUCGUGUAAGUAAUGAACAGAUGUGUUGUACUGACCAGUUUUUGUCAAGCAGGCCGGCCGGUUGGCUCAGGUCCAAUUGAAGCAGGGGCUGAAAACGGCCUCCAGAACGUCGGUUUUCAUCCAAACCAGUAGCCGGUCAAAACCAUUAAAAAAAAAAAAAACAGUGGUCUAGUCGGAUUGCCUAGUUUUGGGUUCUUAUAUAGAAUGAUGCGUUUUGAUCCUCUCUCAAACCUUUUUAAUUAUGAUGAUUUAUGAAAAACAAAGCAAAUAUAUACAACUUUUAGGGUAAGAUAAUAUAUUAAUUAUUCAAUUAUUAUAAUUUAGGUUAUUAAAAUCUUAAAUUAUUUUAUACAUAAUAAUUAUGUAUAAUAUGACUUAUACCGGUUAAACCCCGAUUCGACCAAUGAACUCAAAUCAUUUGUUCACCGAUUCAACAGCUUAAACCAGUUUGACAACCUUGGUACCGAUUACUUACUCCAAGGCCAUGCUUUUGCACGCUUAAGCCCACACAAUACACGGUUAUGCUCUCCCCGAUGGUGUUUUAGUAUAGUAAAUUACAUUUAUGUUACUAAUCAAAUCAACAUUGCAUUACUCUCUUUCUAUUCUUUUCAUCCAAUUCAUUUUCAUAACUACGCGACAUUUAGGAGGAAGAUUAGUCUGUGCAGGAGUUAGGAGAGUUAUAGUUAACAUUCAGACCUAUUCAUACCGCGCUGUUGAAGAAUAACCGAACUGUUUGAAAGGGGUGAUUGCAGUUGCUGGUGGUGUAGCUUCCAAUUAGAAAACCAGAAGCAGGCGAGUGAUACGUUUUAUGGAUGAUCUACUUACAAACAACGAUAUUACAGAAACGAAACGUCGAGCAACUGAUUAAAUCCCACUGUUCCUAUCCGUAAUGAAUCAAGCAGAAUUCUUCUUAUAUAUAAUUAGUGGGUACACUUUUUGCCCAAAAAUCUUACUACUGUUUCAAUUUUUGGCAUUUAGUGAAAGAGCUUCCCAUCUUUGAAUUCCCUGCACGGACACUAAAAGAAACUCCAAAACUUUAAAUAAAAAAGGUGGAAAAGUAGGUUAUCUCCUUCCUUUCUGCCGCUCCAUCUCUUGCCUGCCAAAUCCUUCUCUAUACUCUUCCCUCUCCAAUCACAUCACUCCCAAUCAUCUCUCCAUCUCUCACGUAUGCACCAUCAGUUCUCCCUUUCCUUCUCCCAUGCCUCUUUGCUCCUUUUUUACUUCCAUUCAUACGUCUCCUCUUCCCACGAAAAGCCCAAACAGAGCAACUUCUUUUCAUCCGGUUUGAGAUGCUGAGGAAGAGGAUGUUGACGAACCUUUGGCGAUGAUGGCGACAUUCGAUUGGGAAAAGUACGUGUCGGCAGCAAAAGGAGAAGCUCUGCCUUUCAUAUGCUUUGUCCCUUGAUAGACAAGGCGCCAUGAAACCCGUCUACCGAGGAAGCGCCUCUGCCGGCCGUCGUUGCUCAGUCGCAAUUGGAGAUCAGUUGGUCGUCAGCCCUCAGUGCGGCGAGGGGAGACACAGAGAGGUCUGCCGGUCAUAAUUCGGGUACAAAACAUAGCUAGCUUGAUCAAUUUUUCGUAUCAACUGGAUCAGCUUUUCCGAUGUUUCCUCGCGGUGGUGCCCGAUUUUUGUUUACAGUAGCCUGAAGACGACAAUGGCUAAAAAGAGCCCUUGACUACUUGAGCGGUUACCCACCUCAAUCCCCUUCUCUCUUUGUUUUGCUGGUGGAAUAAGAAGCAGCAGGAGAAGCUAGAAAGAAGAACACAGAGAAGGAGAAGGAAAAGAAGGCGCUCUGAUCCCAUACCCGUUGGAUCACGCUUUGGUGGGUGAGUCCUCAUUCUCCCUUCUCCUUUGACUUCUACAGCUGCGAAAACCUUCUGUUCUGUGUUUGUACUUUUGCUCAAGAUCUUUGUACGUGUAUCUCAAUUUGUUCUUGCAUGAUGUACUUUUAUUUGACCAGUUCAUUGCUACGUUGUUGGUCACUGAGAUGAGAUGUUUGAAGAUGUGUAUGGUAUUGUGGUUAGGUUAUAGAUGUUAAUUUUGGUGUUGGUUGGUUGAAAUUAGAGAAUUACUCUGAAUAGUUUAUAACAGUAUGAUGCCUGCCUGUUUCUUCUUUUUAGGAUCUUGGUUCGGUACGAUGAAGCUGCUGACUAAAUUUGAAACGAGGAGUGAUCGAGUGAAGGGAACAAGUUUCCACAGUAAGUGGCCAUGGAUCCUGGCCAAUCUAAGUAGUGGUGUGAUCCAACUAUGAGACUACUAUAUGGGGACUCUGAUUAAUCGGUUUGAUGUGCAAAAUUCUAUCUCUGUUUCCUACUUCUCUUAGGUUGUUAAUCAUUCACCAUUGUUUAGCAUUUUUGUUAUAGUAAAUUCGAAUUGAUUGAAAACCAAAGAUCAUUGUAGGUGAUUGGAUUCUCAGGUACUGUUGUAGAGUAUAAUCAUUGAUCUCUCCCUUCUAUUAAUGUCCAACCUAACUCUAAUUUCUUACUCUUAAUACUUGGAGAAUUUUUGAAUUUUGCUACUUUGCUUUUCCUCUAGGUUUACAUGUUUUCCUACUUGACAUGGUGGGGAUCAGCUCGAUAAGCUGUCAGAUGAUGGGUCACAGACAGGGGAGAAGAAGAAGAAGAAGAAGAAGAAGAAGAAGAAGAAGAAGAGGUUGUACAUGCAACAAGUGAAGACAUCAGAGAAGAACUUUGAGCUGGGGAACAAGCUUGAACCAGAGGGGAAUAUGCAGUUGGCUAGAGCUGAAGAGAACUUCGCCUGCAGUCGACGAGGCUUUCCCCCAUCCCUUCACAGCCUUUCCACCAUAAUCAACAAUUGCAAGCCACCACUUCAAUCAUGUCCCGUCCUCUCAACACUCCGAUUUGCUUCUACAAGUUGCAAACUCUUCCGCACACGCCACCGCUAAUAAGUUUCUACGGUCCUCACUUUACUCCCCUGUAUUAAAGAAGCUUUCUCUUGAUGGUUUACUUGAUACGACAAGGGGUCGACCUACUAUAGUUAGCUUCUCCAGUACUGUGACUAUGCGUUAGUUAUUUAAUAUUUAAGUUCACAGACUUUGCCGUUUGUACAGGGUACCCUGUUAUUCUUUUUGUGUUAUGCUUCCAAUACACUCAUGUUCAUUUUUGCAUUGACUUGACUGGAGGUCUUGCCACGUGCAUCCAUGAGAGUGCAAGAAGAAUGCCUAUGGUGAUGCAUGUCUGCAACAUUCUAAAAUGAUUUAGCAAUCCAUGAGAGUACAAGAAGAAUGCCCAUGGUGAUGCAGGUCUACAAUCUUCUAAAACGAUUUAACCAUCAUGCCAUCCAUUGUAACGAAGGUCUGAGUUCCUUGCAUAGCCUGAAUCGGCAGUUUAGAUAUUGAACAAUUAGGAUGAAAGGAAGAGAAAUAUGUUUUACCAAAAAAGAGGGAAGAGAACUAUGAGGGAAGGCAGCUUUUAUAUAGAGUUAUUCAAACUAAAAGAUUUGAUGUGCAUGUCUGCCUGAUCUGAAACUGUAUUUGUCUUGCAGAAAUAUUCAUCUUUCAAUCAAGUAGAGCAACCUAUCAAAGAAGGCAUCACUGUUUAAGCACUGUGAAUUCAUUAUUAAAGUAUAAGCAGAUUUACUUAGUUAUGAACUUCGUGGCAUUGAUUAUUUGGCUUGCAAGGGUUUUGCUUUAGCUGUGCAAAUAGAACCAAAGUAACAUAGAUGUAUAUUUCUCACGUUAUAAACGCACUUCCAUUUGAACUUGAGCUUACUUUGUAUAAUCACAUCUGAAAUGUAAUGAAACACAUUCCUUCCUACAAUGACAUUAUGAGAUUUGAAGAGAAACAACUUACUUGCCUAGGCUGAAAUUUGAACAGUAAUAAAGUCACGCCUUGAAC